AUGAAGGCAUCAUUCCCCUUCAUGCUUCUCAUCACCAGCUUCGCGCUCGCAACACCACUGAAUCAGAACAAUAACAACAACAAUAACCUGGGCCAUUACUACAAAAGACAAUGUGGCUGUGCUGCCUGUGGUAAUGUGAUCAACUGCAACAUCCCUGUUUUUAUGAUGGUUGUGGGGCUUGUGAUAGCGUUAUCAAGUGCGACAGCACUGACUUAUGGAGUCACUGCUAUUGAGCCUACGGGCCAAUUCAUUUUAAAUUUACAGGAAACAGUUGCAUGGGAUAUUGCUUCCCCUUUGAAAUUGAGUAUUUGUAUUCCUGUCUUAUGA